CAGCUAACCAUUGCCCAUGGUUAUCUCCAAUUCGUAUUGGUUCGUAACGAAAUCUACAUUUAACUAUUAGAGAAGACGAUUGUUAUCAACUGUUGUUUCUAGUAAUUAACUACAUAAAAUGUAAUAACAGCUAAUUUAUCAAUCAGUUUUGGAAUUUACAGGAAACGGCUAUUUUUUUUAGUACAACAGGAAUAUAUGUGUGGUAUCAAUAUUAAUAUACUGUCGCUUUACAUUUACAGAAUUUGAACGUACUCACUAUCCUGAUCUAUUGAUUAGAGAACAACUUGCAGAAUCUAUGCGUAUACCAGAAUCACGUAUACAAGUUUGGUUUUCAAACCGUCGGGCAAAAUGGCGACGUGAAGGCAAAGAAUUGAAUUUGAAUAAACAUGAAAAAUCAGGUACACCUAGCCUAGAUGAAAAUCAAGGUGAUGACCAACAACACUAUGGAACUAACUGUUCAGCAGUCAAUAAAGUGCAAGAAUACACACGAAAUAAUGGUGAAUUAGAUCAUAUAAAUCUAAUUAAACAGAAAUUUGAUUAUGACCAAAAUAAUUCUAAUAAUAAUACUAAUAAUUUUAUGGAAUCAAAUCAUCAUUAUUCACCAUUGUACCAUAAUUAUCAACAGUUAUUACUUGAUCAACAGAACCGGCAACAUCAUCAACAACAAAGUGAACAAAUGAAUAUUGAUCGUAAAGAACACAUGGGUAUGAAUUGGUCAUAUAUGUCUACACCGGUUCACCAAGAGCUUUCAUCACCAAAGAAACAACUGGACUAUUCAGAACAUUUCAAUACUAUGCUUGACAUCCCAAAUCAUUUGGACGCAGUUAAUCAUCUUAGAGAAACAGAAAGUUAUACUUUACUAAAUGAUGUGACACGUAUGAAUUCACCAUCAAAUAUUCAUCAUUUAAACAAACCGAAACAAUGCCAUAUUUCAAGUGAAGAUCAAGGCGGUUUAUCCACUAAGAUAGACAUAAAUGACCAUACAAAAAUAAUGUCAGUUAAGAAUUAUAACGACGUUGAUGAUAUUGAUCAUAAAGAGAGUAAUGAAGUCCCACCACAUUUCAAAAUGCAUCAAGAAGCAUUUAUGAAUUCAGAAUUUUCUAAAUUAAAUUGUCUACCGCCUUAUAAUCAGCUACAGGAGACCAGUAAUAAUGUCACUGUCAACAGACUGCAUACAUCUAACAGAAAUGAUUCCUAUGACAUGUCACAUAGUCAUGAAUUACAAGUUGAUUCAGAACUGAUCAAUAAAUCACAAGCAUCCCAUCUUUUGACUGGACACUCAACAAACUAUCAACCAAUAUGGCUUAAUUCAACUGAUCAAAUACAAAAUUAUAAAAAGGAACAAUCUAAUCCUGUAUUAUGGUCUGGAAUAACUUAUCCACAACCGAGUACUCUUUCAACUGAUUCUGGAAUUUGUUCUCCACCUCUACUAUCACAACAAUCUUCUAUUCUCCCCAAUAAUGAUCUUUCUGUUUCUAAUGGACAAAAUGGUAAUUCGAAUUCUGAUUUAUUACCCCAACUACUUCCAGACACUUCAACUCAACUAUCCUCUAUGGCAGUCGCCGCUGCAGCAGCCGUGGCAGCUUGGAAUAACAAUAAUAAUAAUACUUCAAAUUUCACUUCUGUACACUGUUUAACACCAAAAUCAAAAUUGCUAUCCUCCAAUCCUCCUGAUACAGUGGUCAAUUCUCUUGAAUCGACACCAAUAAACUAUGGUGGUCAUCUAGGUGUAGUCAAUUCAGAAUUUAAUCUUAUGUCUAACUCUUCUGCCUCACCUGUUACUGCACAAACAUCAUGUUCUCCUUCAGCUUCGGCUUCAUCGUCAUCGUUAUCAUUGUCUCAUUCUUCUUCUACUUGUUCUGCAAAUAAUAAUAAUAACAAUAAUACAGCGGUCAACUUUGAUUUAAAUAAUUUAGUUGCACAGAAUACAACUUGUGUUAACAACAAUACUACUAUCAAUAGCAAUAGCAAUAAUAAUAUAAGUAGUAAUAGUUACUAUGAUUUUUCACGUUACUUUAAUUAAAUAAUUAAUUAAUUAAUUUCAAGUAAUUUUUAUUCACAUUUAUUUCAUCACACCAACUUUAACCUAACUUGAUACCUAGACGAUGAGCAUAAGGCUGAUUAGUUGAAAAUAAACUUUAGUGUCAAGGAAAUUGAAUUCCCCUUUUUGGUCUACUGAAAGAUGUGCUUAUUACUAGUGUAUAAUUUACAAAACAGAACAAAAAGGCAUGGAACUGUACACUGUAUAUCUAAAAA